GCGUAUUUUGGGGGUGUUUAUUUGAUGGCUUCUGGAGGGAUUGCUAGGACGUUUGAUGAGUUGUGAGAUACGGGAUUGGUGUUGCACAUACGAUGAACCCCUCAAUGGGGUAAUGAAGGAAUCAUUCAAAUCAUUCGAGCUUCUUGUGUUUUGAGUGUCCGGCUGCGAUGUCUCAUAUUUUAGCCUCCAAGCUACUGAGCAAUGCAAUUUCAAGCUUUCAAUUUGCCAAGCUAAAAUGUAAACAUCGAGGUCCAUAUAUGGACGGCAAGCGCCAUAAAUCAAUGGCUGCUCGCGUCAAGUCAUCAUGCUUUCCCAGUGCGGCAAGUACGACUCUGGCACGCCCCUUGCUCCUGCCGUAGUAGCAUGGAGCAUGAUAUUACUAAUAUAGGAUACUUCGACCUCAAGUCACCAGCACAAGGAAGGCACGACCAUCCAACUAUGGAAGGAGCCACCAUGAGUUAGUUGUAACAUUCCACUGCACAACGAAUUUUGGAAUAUUAGAAUCCUAAGACGGUAUGUAUUACCUUGUGACCCUCGCCAGCUUAACUAUGCAGCUCACUCGUCGCAUGUGCGAUGCGACACGCCUAUAAAUACGACCACGCCGACAUCAAGUAUCCUAAAACUUCAAAACUCAAUUCUGCCUCAUCGACCCCACAAUGAAGCUACCAGCACUACUCUACCUCGGCUUCCUAGCCGCCUCCAUUCACGCCACCACCCCCCUACUAAACUGCCUCUCCAGCGCCCAUGUCCCCUUCAUCACUCCCACCUCCCCCACCUGGCCCAUUUUCGCCUCCCCCUUUAACACUCGCGUAUCAUACACCCCCACCGCAAUCGUCAUCCCCGUCUCCACCUCCCAGGUCGCCGCUGCCGUCGCCUGUGGCGCCGCACACAAAGUCAAGGUAACCCCAAAGGCGGGGGGCCAUUCGUACGCUUCUCUCAGUUUAGGGGGGGAAGAUGGCCAUUUAGUGAUUGAGCUCGAUCGGUUGGCUGGUGUGAGUUUGAAUCGGGAGACGGGGAUAGCGACGAUUGGGCCCGGGGCAAGGUUGGGUGAUGUUGCGACGAGGAUCUAUAAUCAGGGGAAGAGGGCGUUUUCGCACGGGACGUGUCCAGGUGUCGGGGUCGGGGGCCAUGUCUUGCAUGGGGGCUAUGGUAUGUCAUCGCGCACUCACGGGCUCGCGCUCGACUGGGUGGAUAGCAUUAGCGUCGUGCUUGCCAACGCAAGCGUAGUCGAUUGCUCUGCUCAUUUGCACCCUUCUCUGUUCUUUGCCAUGCUAGGUGCUGGGUCGAGUUUUGGGGUCGCGACCGAGUUUCGGUUUAGGACGUAUGAGGCGCCGGGGGUAGUGACGUGGUUUUCGGCCGCGCUGCCGUGGGAUGGGGAGACGGCGGUGGAGGGGCUGGAGGAGUUGGAAUUGUUUACGAGGUACAGAAUGUCGCCGGAGCUGAAUAUGCGGCUCAUGGCGUCUGCGAAUGGGAGUUCGCUGGAUGGUGUUUUCUAUGGAGAUAGGGCGGGGCUGGAUGAUGCGCUGGGUCCGCUUUUGGAGAGGGUGAAUGGGAGCAUUGCCACAGCUGGGACGACGGACUGGAUCGGUGGGUUGCUCCAUUUUUCGGAAUCUGAUACGGGGCUGGUUGUACCAGAGCCUUAUAAUAAGCACGACACUUUCUACGCCAAGAGCCUUACGCUAACGCGGCUGAAUGGCACGUCGGCUGAGAAUUUCGUGGACUACUGGUUUAAUGUCGCGUUCAACUUGGAUCGGAUAUGGUGGUUCCAACUCGACCUGCACGGCGGGGCACACGCAGGCGUCUGGGAGCAUGACAAUGGUGUGACGUCGUAUGCGCACAGGGAUAAGCUGUACAUCAUCCAGUUUUACGACAGAGUGAUAGGGGAGCCGUAUCCGGCGAACGGCUUUCAGUUUCUAGAUGGUUGGGUGGAUACUACGACGCAACCGCUUGAAUGGGGAGAAUGGGGGAUGUAUGUCAAUUAUGUGGAUGCGAGGUUAGGGCGGUGGGAGGCGGAGGAGCUGUUUUGGGGGAAGAAUCUUCCGAGGCUGCGGAGGAUCAAGGCGCAGGUUGAUCCGGGGGAGCUGUUUUUUAAUCCGAUUUCGAUUGAGCCGGCAAGGGGUAGGUGAUACUUCGAAUAUAGUAGAGUGCUGAGAUGAUCUGUAGCGCUCGCUAGAUACUACGGAAUAUCCAAGGAUUGUUUGAGUCCACAAGUGUUUGCACUGUAUCAUGGUAUAGUUCAUGAGUGUUGCUUUAUGAUGUAGGUAGUUUCGCAGUGUGCAAGAUUGAUUUACUUAUAUAUACAUACAAUACAACGAG